CCAGUCCCUUAUACUACAAUAACACCUCGAGGGGAGUAAUACUCUCACUGCCUAGCAAGGAGAGACAAGAAAGGGACAGAUUUAGUGGACCAGUCUGCAAUUCUUAGGAAGCAUGUGACUGGGUAGGAUGAUACGUAAAUCAUGUGAUUGAGUGAGGCUCAAACUCAGCCAAGAAACUGAGAAGAGUGGGAGCUUAGAAACCCGACACAGACUCUCUGUGCCAGGCAGGCAGCCACAUCAGCGACCUUGACGUUGGCCCGGAGGCCCAUGGCCACUAUGGACUGUGGGAUGAUCACCUCCAAGACGGUGCUUCUGCUGCUCAGUGUCAUCUUUUUGGCUGCAGGAACCACCCUUGGAUUUGUGGGAGGACGUUUCAUCUCAUCCUAUGAGGACUUUGAUGCCUUCUUCAGGGAUGAACAGAUCUUGUUGCCUGCCAUCAUUAUCAUAAUAGUUGCUGGUGUGAUGCUUUUCCUUGGGGUGACUGGUUGCUUUGUCACGAUCAGAGAAUCCCAAAUUGGCCUGCGAUUGUUCCUGGCCAUUCUUUUGCUGAUGUUUAUCACAGAAGCAGCCGCUUUUGUUUUGGGAUUCAUUUAUCGAGAGAAGGUAGUGGCAGAGGUACAAGAGACCAUGGAUGAACUCUUUCAGACAUAUGGUAAGGAAAAGCCAGAGACAGAGAUGGUGGAUUUCUGGCAAUCUCAGUUUCAAUGCUGUGGUGUUGAGAACUACACAGACUGGAUUAAUAGAGAGUGGUUUAACCGAACUGGAAACAACAGUGUCCCUCAGAGUUGCUGCAGACAAGAAUUUAAGAAUUGUAGUGGACUCCUCAGUGAGCCUCAGGAACUGAAUACAGUGGGUUGUGCUGGGGUAAUGGAAUUACGGAUAAAGGAACUUAUCAAUUACAUCAUGAUCGUCAUCCUAGGAUUUGCUGUUGUAAAGUUUUUUGGAAUGCUAAGCAUCUUGGUGAUUGCAUGCAAGAAAGAAGAGAAUGGCUACCAACCCUUGAACUCUGGAGUGUUUGCUUGAAAAGAGAUGAACAAAUGAAACUUCACUGAAUCAUUCAAAAACAAGUGGCUUUUACAUACUGACCCUAAAGAAUAUUAAAACCCUACGGAUAAAUAUUUUUAUUCAUGUGGACUGAAGAUGAUGAGCUCUGGAAUUUGUCAUUUCUUACUGUUCUCCCAUUCCACUCUGACACACAAUCAGCAAUAUACAAAAAAUAAGACUUGAUUAAAUUGAAUCUACAUCUAAGUCACCUAGAAUUAAUAUGGUCUGUAAAAAUACCACGUUAAUAAGGGAUAGUUAGUUCCAUGGGAACAGUGCUAUAAAUGAGCGACAGAUGGAGUAUUGGGGAUUUGGACCUUGAUGGUGGAAUUUUAUUAUUAUAUAUUGCUUAUCACAACUUUAUGACUGUACUGCUACUUAGUUUUUUAAAUUAUGAAAUAUUUCAACUGUAUUAGUGCUUAAGUUGGCAUAGCACACACCUAAUUGGGUUGUUUUGGUUGUUUAAAACUCUAAAUUAAGUUAUAACAAAAUUGAUUGUUAAAAUGGUAACCUAGCUAUGGUUUAUUUGAUUCAGCUGUAUUGUUUUGACAAGAUUAUCGCUUACUGAUGUACCUCAGUAUGAAAGACAUAAUAAACAAACCUAUUUUUCUUCCUUAUUUAAAUUCCAUGGGUUUGUCUGCUAAAAAGCACAUGUCACAGAAUGACGGAUCACUAAGAGUUCAGAGAUUUCAGUCUUAAAUCCAACUUGUAACAUCCCCAAGUUUUCAGUAAGUUUUUAAAGGAAAGAGAAUAGUUGAAACUUUUUUUUCACGUUAUGUAAAAGUUGUCUCCUAGAUGAGUUCUUUUACUUCAAAUGUAACAUUCCUGUAACCUACUUUUCAAGCAGGAAAGGAAAUGUGAACUGAGUUUAAAAUAUUCUGAGGUUUUUCUUGCUAUGAGGAUGAUAAAUGAGUGAUUAGGUAGUUCUGGUUAACUUAAUAGCUCUUUUCGGUAGUAGUAUGUCUUUUGUUAACAAAUUAUAGACUUUCCUUUCCCCUUUUUCCUUUGCUUUUCUUUCCUUUUUCCUUCCACUCUCUCUCUCUGCCAUUGUCUUGGCAGAUCAGCAUGGAAGGUUUAUCCUACUUCCUUUCUUCAUCCUGUACUAGUUCACACCUCCUUAGGCAAUAAGGUGGCCUUCCACCCUAAGGGGCUCUCCACAUUGUUGCCAGACUUAGUGUGGAUACCUGAUUGGCCCUUAGAGGUUCACCAGCCUCAGUCUCCCCAGCAGUACCAUGCUGUUUGGCCAAAUUUUAGACAUUUUCAUGCUCACAGUUGUCUUCUGUCAUCUUCCAUCUCAUUUUAGAUUUUGAAUUAUUAAUUGACUUAUUUAGGCUCACAUGCAUAGAUGAACCAAUUACAAUGCUGUCAGAUUACAAUUAAAAUGUUUCUUCAGGAUUUCUGACUGCCUGAAAAACAGACAGGCUUGAAUAUGCUUUUCUUCUAAAGAAAUAAAGACUUCCCUUGUGUGAGAAGAUUUUCUCUUAAGAUUAGUAGCUUAUACUUUUUUUCUCAAAAUUCUAGAAGAUGGGGAUACCAUUUGGACCUUAGGCAGUUAUAAACGGCCUAUUUGUGGCUUUCAGAGAUCAGGUUUUAAAUUAUUCAGUGGUGGUUUUGAAGUACUAGAUAGUUGGAAUUAUUUUAUAUGAAGCCAAAUCUUUAGGUAACAACAGAAAAAACAAACUUAAAAAAAUUGUCUUAAAUAAGAUGCAAUGCUGUAUUAAAGGAAUAAGUUGCUUUCCACAUAAUCUCUCAUGAUUCUCCUGACUAAUUGUGCAAUUGUUCUUAUUCUGGUAUAUCAGUAGGUAAUUAAAUGUCUUUUAAUUUAAACUCUCAUGUACUGAGCACUGUCUUUACUAAUUCUUCAAAUAUCACCUUGGAGUAAUUUUAACAAACUAAUAAAAUAUAGAACACCUAAA